CAACAACCCCAGCUCCAGCACAAACUGAAGGAGGCGGUUCAAAAAAGUUAACAAAUCAGUUUAACUUCAGUGAACGUGCUUCCCAGACCUACAAUAACCCAUACAGGGAACGUGGAACUGCCACUGAACCUCCACCUAGAGCUGUGUUUGCUGCCAAUGUUACACAAUGGGAGAUCUUUGAUGCUUACCAGGAAGAUUUUGAGAAACAGGAGAAGAAUAAAGAGAAGAAAGUUAUACCUGGGAGAAAGGAGGAAGAUAAGACAAGAAAGAGGCUCACAAUUACUGAAACAUCGCAGGGAGAUGACAUUUCAAGAAUUUCGAAAGCAUCAAAGAUCAUUGAACGUAUGGUCAAUCAAAACACAUAUGAUGAUAUUGCACAGGACUUCAGAUAUUGGGAAGAUCCAUCGGAUGAAUAUCGUGAGAACGAGGGUACCUUACUUCCACUCUGGAGAUUCUCCUACGAGAAAGCAAAGAAAUUGGCUGUAACCUCUCUCUGCUGGAACCCAAAGUACAAGGAUCUGUUUGCUGUGUCCUUCGGAUCAUAUGACUUUAUGAAGCAAGCUGGUGGUAUGAUUUUAUUCUACUCACUCAAGAACCCAUCUUUCCCUGAGAAUGUAUACGAGACAGAUAGUGGAGUGAUGUGCCUUGAUGUACACCCUGAGCACCCAUAUAUGGUCUGUGUUGGGUUUUAUGAUGGUAGUGUAGGUGUUUACAAUGUAGAAAAGAAAGAUGGACCAAUGCAUAGAUGUACAGCCAAAAAUGGAAAACAUACAGACCCAGUCUGGCAGGUGAGAUGGCAGAAAGAUGACCUAGAAAAUAAUCAUAAUUUCUACUCAAUCUCCUCAGAUGGACGUAUAGUACACUGGACAAUCAUUAAGAAUGAAUUGACCUAUCAAGAUGUUAUAAAACUUGCCAUGCCUGAAGCUCCAGCAGAAGGUCCAGAUGGAACAAAAAUACAAACAAUUGGCUGUGGAACUGCAUUUGACUUCCAUAAGAAGAAUGAUUAUAUGUUUGUUGUUGGAUCAGAGGAGGGAAAGAUACACACAUGUUCAAAGGCCUACAGUAGUCAGUUCCUUGAUUCAAUGGAUGCUCACAAUAUGGCUGUUUACAAGGUACGCUGGAACCCGUACCAUCCUGAUAUCUACAUCACUUGUAGUGCUGACUGGACUGUCAAAAUCUGGGAACGUGGAAAUAAAUCUGCUAGUGACAAAAAUGAUAAUCCUGAUAGUGCUACAAGGAAGCCAUUGUUCACCUUUGACUUGAAUAACUCAGUAGGUGAUGUAGCAUGGGCACCUUAUUCAUCCACAGUAUUUGCAGCUGUUACUGCUGAUGGAAAGGUGUUUGUCUAUGAUCUGAAUGUAAACAAAUACGAGCCCCUAUGUGAACAGGUGGUAGCACAGAAAAAGAAGACAAAACUCACACAUCUAGAAUUCAAUCCUCAAUAUCCAAUAGUUAUUGUAGGAGAUGAUAGAGGAACAGUUACAAGCUGCAAAUUGUCACCAAACUUGAGAAAACAACCAAAGGAGAAGAAAGGAGUCGCAGCCCCUGACCCGUCCGUCCGUGAGCAAGCAGAAAUCGCCAAACUGGAGAAAAUCCUUACGAUGGUCAGAGAACCUACAGACAGCAAACAACAACAAGCGUCAUAAACUGUGAAAAAAACAACAAAAAAACUGUCAAGUGUCAUCUUUAAAACAUUGUACCUGUGAAAUUAUGAAACCUUCAGAUGAAAAGAAAGUUGAUAUAUAUGUUUCUUUACCAGACAUUUAGACAAUGAUCAUACAUAGGUCUCUAAAGUAAAUUUACUUGAUAAAAGAAUUAUUAAUUUUGCAUUGUCCAUACAGUUAAGAAUAAGAAAUUAUUUCAGGAGACUGUUGAAUGUUAAUUGGCAAUUACUAUCAUACAGUGUGGUACAGGUGCUAUAUAAAAUGUAAAUAAGAAAUGCAAUAAAAAAUCAACAUCUCUUGUUUCGUAAAAUGUGUCAAGAACAUCUGUAGCACCAACAUUGUUUGUAUACUGAAGUUAAGUUUUAUGUUUAAUAUAAUUAUAUUUUAUGUACAUACAUGCUGCUGUUUACACAGAUUUUUUUCUUCAAUACAUGCAAACAUGCUGCAUUUCUGUGAUGUUAAUGAUAAUUCCUGCAUUUUUAAUUAAAAUUUU